AUGGCGUCAGUAAUUCGACGAUUGCCAUGGUUUGACCGGGUAUGGAAACCUCUCACCUUCUCCAACCCCAAAUUCAAGCGGAUCCCCUUGAGGGAGAAGAUAGAGGAAGAGCUCAUUCCCGACUACACAGCAUCGCGUUACUAUCCAGUCAGCAUCGGAGAGGUUCUCCGGAAUCGUUACCAAAUCGUUUGCAAGCUGGGCUUCGGGGCUAGCUCGACUGUCUGGCUUGCGCGCGACCUGGAGGGUCGUCGACACGUGGCGCUGAAGCUGUUCGUCAAUUCGAAGGCUUUGGGUUCACAGCUAGAUCAUGAACUCACGAUGUAUAAGCGCAUUUCUACGUCAUCGGUCAAGCACCCCGGUCGCGGUGCCGUCAGGGAACUACUGGAUUCCUUCGACGUUGCUGGCCCCGACGGAUGCCACAGGUGCCUGGUGCAUCCUCCGCUAUGGGAGAGUGUUCUGACUUUCCUUCACCGCAACCCCGUCCGGAUGUUACCAGCGCCGGUACUCGCCUUUGUUCUCCGUCGCCUCUUCCUCGCUCUGGACUUUCUACAUACAGAAUGCCAAAUCAUCCACUCAGAUAUCAAAGCAGACAACAUAAUGUUUGGCAUCGAGGACGACUCCGUUUUCAGCGCUUUUGAGGAGCAGGAGCUGCUCAACCCGUCCCCGAGAAAGCUAGUGGACGGAAGAGCCGUGUAUCUGUCACGCGAACUUCAGAUGCCAAAAGAAUGGGGCGCAUCGGUCCUUUGUGACUUUGGCUCAGCCGUCGUCGGGGACACAGAUCAUACCGAGGACGUACAGCCCGACAUAUACAGAGCGCCCGAGGUCAUCCUAGAAGCACCGUGGUCUUACCAGAUUGACAUAUGGAACACGGGCUGCAUGAUCUGGGAUCUCUUUGAGGGUGAUCAUCUGUUUACUGGACGCGACCCGGAGCAUCAGAAGUACCGCAGCCGGGCUCACCUUGCCGAAAUAGUCGCACUGCUCGGACAACCUCCACAGGCGUUACUCGAUUUGGGAAAGUCGAGUCACAGGUUCUUCACUGAUGAAGAGAUUGCUUACAAAAGUGCUUCUUGUGAAGGAGAGUUCCGUGCAGACAUUCCACCCGCGAAUGAAAUGUCGCUUGAAGGGAAGGAGAUUAGCCUGGAGGGAGAGAACCGGGAUUUGUUCCUUGCCAUGAUGCGGAAGAUGGUUCAAUGGGAACCUUCGAAGCGCUAUUCGGCGAAGGCGCUGGCAGACGAUGAAUGGAUCAUAAAGAAUAUGUAG